UGUCACAUGCUCGACACGUGAUCGAGCAGAUCAUAACAUCCUAUGUAAAUACAUCCUCCCAACAGCUAACAGUGCUACAUAUGUUAGCAGCAAUCGAAAGUUCUUCUUCUUCACAUUUUUCGGAACGAUUCAGAACCGGUGACAUUAAGACGGUGCGGUGGUCGUUUCUCCACCUGUUCUCAAUAAGUCUAGUUUUUUUAGUCAGGAUGCCUCUGUUCUUCAAGAAGAGGAAGCCCAGCGAGGACUCUCAGAAGAAGCUGGAGUUUCAGCUGUGCAGGUCUAAGGAAGUCGGUGCUGAUGACAUCUUGGACAUCUCAGGCUGUGAGCUCUCCGAGGUCCCACCAGGUGCUUUUUCCAUUUGUAAGGUGCUACAGAAGAAGGUCUUCAUCCUUCAUAACAACGAGCUGAGGUAUCUGCUGCCCAAAGGAUGUGACAUCAGCGCUCUUUCCACUUUAAAGGUUUUAGAUCUGCAUGAAAACAAGAUAACCUUGCUCCCAGAGGAUAUUGGGAAACUCACCUCUUUGCAGAUCCUAAACGUGGAGAAGAACCAUCUGAAGACCCUCCCAGAGUCCAUUGGGAAUCUACGGCUCCUGCAGACACUCAUUCUGAAAGGAAACUGCCUCUGUGAGCUGCCAUGCUCUGUUGGGUCUUUGAGCAGUCUGCGGACGCUGGACCUGAGCGACAACAAUAUCGUGCAGCUUCCUACAACUCUGGCUUGCAUCCGAACCCUUGAGAGCUUUUCUCUGGAUGCUGCCAUGAUGUCCUACCCACCUUCAUCUGUCUGUCUGGAGGGAACCGAGAGCAUCCAGCGCUUCCUGUGUAGCGAGCUGGGUCAGGAGUACUGCCCACCAUCCCAGUACCUUCUACCGGUGCUGGAGAAUGACUCUGGCAAACAAGGAUCUGACUGUCUGGACAGCUUAGAGGAGGCCUGGCAGAACAAAUUCAGUGACUACGAGAAGAGAAAGGAACAGAAGCAGCAGGAGAAGCUUGCGUUCGAGCGACACCUGGAGCAGAAGCAGAAGGAGCACACCCAGCUCCUCCUCAUGAACAACUCCCACAAGGAAAACAUACUCACCUCAGUCCGACAGGAGCAGGAGAGAGUGAAUCAGGGCUUCAGCCAGCAGCAGAAGGCUCAGGAAGCCGAGAGGCUGCUCAUUCUGGAGAGAGUCCGUCAAGCUGAAGAAAACAUCAGCAGCCGCAUCAGCAGCAGGUUGAUGGACAGCAACAGGCAGAAAAAGAGUGCCGAGUUUCUUCAGGCGAUGGAAGAGGAUCGGAUUCGUAUUGAGCAUCUGACCGCCAUCACACAGGAAGAGGCCAGCUCGCUGAGGAAGAGGGAGGUGGCAGCGGCCAUGCAGAAGAUGCUGUCCGACGGCUGUGCAAUGAGUCUUCUUCAGGAAGCCAGUGACUGUCGACGACAGAGCCUGGUCUCUGAGGCCUGCAGGAGUAUGGAGACUUUGGACAGGAAGUUUGACAAUAUGCUGUCUCUGCAAGUUCUAGACAAGUCUAAAGCCAUCGCCCAGAUCUUACAGGAGGAAGAGGUGCAGAAAACUGCGUUCCAGGCUCUGCAGCUGCAGAAAGAUGCCGUCCAUGGCUACAUUCGGAACCAGAUCAAGCUCAUAGAGACUGAAUUAAUGCAGCUGUCUAAACUGGAGAUUAAAAGACGCAGUCUGGAUACUGAGAACCUGCAGGAGGUUCUGGUGGAGCAGCGAACAGCUCUCAGCGACUUGUUGCAGCAGCUGCUGAAGCAGAGGGAUCAGAGAGAGCAGGAACUGCAGCAGGUUCUGUUGGAGAUGGAACUGAAGUCUGAGUCCAGCCAGCAGAACUACUGGAUGAUCCAGUACCAGAGGCUGUUGGAUGCUAAACCUCUGUCACUUCGCAUGCAGGAAGCAGGUGUGGAGAAGGAGCUGGUGAACCUGCUGUGCAGACUGUCAGCUCAGCAUUACCUGCCUGUUCUGGCUCAUCAUCGGGUGACGACUGAGGCGCUUUGCAACAUGAAGGCCUCCGACCUCAAGAAGCUGGGUAUUAAUGAAACAGGAAUCCAGACAGCUCUUCUGGCAUGGGCCCGGGAGCACCAACCUGCUGCAGGAGCCUGUAAGCCUGCAGAGAAAGAGGAGGAAACCGAAGUCUUCCCCUCAGCUCCUUCCCCGUCCUCCCCUCCAUUUCUUCCCAGUACUUCCACCAUACAGAGGCCCAGCCCACCACAUACCCCUGGGACUCCUGUCACCCCUUCAGCCCCCACCCCUGUGGAUGGACCAGGAAGCUCUGAAUGUGUGGUCUGCAUGGAGACGGGGUCUCAGGUGGUGUUCCUGCCCUGCGGCCACGUCUGCUGCUGUCAGGUCUGCAGCGGUGCGUUGCAGAACUGCCCUCUAUGCCGCAGCAACAUCUCCCAGCGCAUACGCCUCUACCACACCUAGACCUGCUGCACCUCUUAUUCAUGCAUGAUGGUAAAGCUGCUGUGAGUAAACUUUGUCAUGUAUUAAAAAACUUUUAAAAAGUUUUUAAAGCGCUGAGCCACUUUCCUGUAUUAACCAGACUAUACUCUGUGAUGAAUAUACAGCAACGGGCUUCAGUAGAGAUAUUUUUAGGGAUUUUUUUCUCUCUGCUGUCAUUAUUGUAUGUUCUUGUCAUGUUUUUUAAUAGCUUUUAUUUGUCUUACAAACAACAACCAACAGACGGGUACCAGUCACUGUUCUCUGCUUCUAAACAUUUACUUAUAAUUUUUGCCUUUCUGUUUUAAAUCUCUUCUUUUCAUAAAAACAUUUGUCAGCAUCGACAGCCAAAGUAGCAUGAGUCUAAUUAAAAUCAUGUAUUAAUUGCUGCAGCCUGUGAUGGACUGGCGACCGUCCAGGUGGACCUGCUCUCACCUGCUAAUUUCUGGGAUAGGCUCCAGCUUCCCCGCAACCCUGAAUUGGACUAAGCGGUACAGAGAACGAGUGAAUGGAUGGAUAAUUGCAGCAACAUCUUGCUACCACUGCUGGCUGACGCUGCAUUUCUCUGCCUGUCCUAGAUUCAUUUCUAGGAGUUUGUCAGAAGUAAUUAGAUUAUUGUAAUAAUCAGAUCUGUAGCGUCUACAUCCACCUCUGAAAUAUAACAUCCUAUAAACCCUGGUCUACACGUUCCAGUCCGUUAUCGGAUUACUACUUACAUAGAGACAUGACUUGGCUGCUGAAGUGGGAGCUAAUAAGCUGCUAAACAAGACCAGGUGUGAAUGUUUGACUUUGUUUAUUCUCCAAAUUCCUGCAGCUGCAGGUCAGCUUGUUUUUCUAGUGUUCUGCUCACGUUGGGACGACGUCACCUCCCACUUUUUAAUGGAAGACAUUAAUAAGACUGAAGUGACACAGUGAAGAUGAGGCUCCUUCUGAGUCUUGUAUGUGUGUAUAACAGCAGGGAUGAGCAGAAACAACAAACUGCUCAGAAUCUGCUGAAGAUUUUCUGAUGCAGUUGUUUGUUGUGCUGAUAUUUGAGAGAGUUUACGAAGAGGCCUGGCGAAACAUUUUACAUAACACAAAAGUUGUGAAUGCUGCAGACAUUUACAGGAACAUCUCUGGAACGUUUCAGGGCUCCUGUGUGUCAGGAAACACUGGGCCUUAAGGUUCACAAAGCUGAACUAAAAGAGCUGCAGAUACUUCCAAUAAAGACUUAUAUCAGUUUGAGACAUAGCGUCUCUCCAGCUGCAAGUAUAAACAUAAAUCAUUUUAUUCACUGAGAAAUAUGAAAGAAUUUAGUGUAAGUCCAGUACUAUUUAUUAUUAUUAUUAUUAUACUAUUUAUUACCAGGUGGAGUGCUCCUUUACACCUGUAGCACUGGAUUAUCCUGGAUGAUGUAAUCCAUGACUCGUGUCCUGUCUAGCAGUUUUAAAGAAAAGGAUCUGGUCCAAAGGUUCACCUCUGGCGUUAAGCCCAGCAGGUCGAGGGUCUUCAACAAAAAAAAUGCCCAUGUUUUGACGUCUGUGUGUCUUUUCUCAUCUCUGAAACCUUUCUUCCCACUCUCAUCUGUUUGUUCUUCUGUAUGGUUUAUGAAGUGAUGACACAUUACUGCUGUUAAACUCUUAUCAAACGCUUUCACCACUUCAGCAUAUUUCAAGAAAAUAUCAACCACUGUACAUAAAUCUGCUUCAUGUAAGAGAAUAAACAUUUCAUGUUAUCAG